AUGCACACUGCGGUGCCAUUGAACUCCCGGUACAGCUACCAUGCGAUUUUCAGCGAUGUUUGUAAGACAAGAUUCAACCAUUUAGUGAUGAGGUUGCUCCUCAGUGUGACAUUGGCUCUGGGGUUGUUACUGACUUUGAUAGGAGCCUCUUCCGAAACAACAAUGGCACAAAAGCUGGCGGUGUGGUUUGUGAAAAGCUUGAUGUGCUAUCUGGCCGUGCUGCUGGUGGUGAUCACCCGUAAAAACUACCUGCACGUCCAAUCUCCGGGCUACUCAAGCGUCAUCACUCAGAUCUACGGACAGCUGUGUUCGGCCAAGUUCUGUGUGUAUUUCGGAGUUCACUGGCUCAGUAACGUCUGCAUUGCGGCGGCAGCCAAAGAUGCCGUUUUCGGGUGCGCCCUGCGAUCUCAGCAACAGUUUGCAUACCGGUUUGCAAUUUGGGGGCUCGCUCCAUCAUUGUACGCCAUUCAGCAUGUUGCAUUCGAUCUUGACAAGCUUAUGUUCCAGUACGGAUCCCAGCACCAGCAUCCACAACGUUAUAUUGGGUCUAGAUUGAAAAACUCUCUCACUAAAUGUCUUGUGCUUACGUUCGGGGCCAUCGUCAUUUUGCCGCUGUGCACACUAUAUUUAGCUCGUGAAGAGAGUGGGUUAAGCGUGGCUUUCCUGUGGAAAAUCGCGGCUUCUACUAUGUUGAGCUUUACGCUUUGGGAUUUUGUCAACUUGACUUUCAGCGCAUAUUUAUCAAUUGGAUGUUUGCACAAGGGAAAGCCUAUUUCAUCUCUUUCUUCGACCCCGAUGGAAACUCUUGUUACGGGUCUGUCUUCUAAAAAACCUUUUACCAAAUUGACCGCUUUCCAAGAAAUUUCAUUCAGGGCUACUUCUCCGGAUAUCCAAUUAAGGUUACCAAUUUAUCAUACACGCUACAAGAACGUAUAUGUAUGGCCAAGCAUCCUCAAAGAAUGCAUCGCCACCAUUAAUGAGACCAAUGUCAAUGUGGCAACUUUCAUGAAGGGCCUGGAGCGUCAAGAAGAUAACUAUCGUACAACGAAGCGCAUUGAAAAGACAGAAUUUUUGGAAGACGCUUAUGGUCAAGACGGUCUUUUCGGUAAUGACUUUGUGAUAACCACGAGCUCUCAAUCCAGAAUACCAGGUACACCAGAACCUAACAGCUCAGAAUUGACACACAGGAUCAAGGUACAAAAUAAUAACGUUUUCGCCAAGAAUCAUAGUUUACAAUUUUCCAGUCCAUUCCAGUUUUCGAAUGCGGCAAACAACCGUAUACUCACGCAUCAAACUACAAUUACCAAUGUAUUAUACGAUUGCAUCAAGAAGUCUAGGAAGGCUUUCGUCGACUUUUUCUUCCCCGUUCAAAACUCGGAUUCAACAGCGCAGAUAUCUUCAUUCGAACUAUGGAGAAUCUCUAAAAAAAUGCAAGCUGAGAAAUUAGCGCCUUUGCCGGUUUGCCAUGCCGAGUGUGCAGUUUCCCUGAUGGCGUUGCUGAUAAAGUCCUUAAAAGAAGACCCCAAAGGCGCCGUGGUAUCUUCCGUCGGCGAGGUUUUAAAGGUCUUAGAAAGAUCUGUAGGCUCCCUAGGAGCUUUCGCCGAGUGGAAUGAUUCCCAAAUAAAUAAGGAUGUUAUCGUUCCUGAUGUUGUUACAAUCCUCUACGAUCUUUCGAUCAAUGCAUUUUUAGAGGUUGUUCUCAACUACAAUGAACUGCUGAACGACGUAUAUCUCGACGACGACGUUGUCAAGCUCAGCAAGUGGGUGCUAGAAAUUUGUAACGAAUAG